AUGAGCAAUCACACCACUGUCACUUCUUUCAUUCUGUGGGGAUUUUCCAGUUUCCCAGACCUGCAGGUCCUUCUCUUUGUGUUGAUUUUCUUCACCCAUUUGACGAUUCUAGCUGCAAAUGCAUCAAUCAUGGUGGCCAUCAAACUCAGUCAGAGCCUUCACACCCCCAUGUACUUCUUCCUCUGUGGUCUGUCCUUCUCAGAGACAUGUGCCACUAUGGUCGUCAUACCCCGCACGUUGCUGGACUUACUAUCAGUCAGCAAGACCAUUUCUCUUCCUCAGUGUGCCACGCAGAUGUUUUUUUUCUCUACCUUAGCAACCAAUAACUGCUUCAUUAUGGCUGCCAUGUCCUAUGACCGCUACACUGCCAUUCACAGCCCACUGCACUAUGCCAUUCGGAUGACCCAUAAAAUUUGUGCUCAGCUCCUGAUGGCCUCUUGGAUGAUUGGGAUCCUGGUUGCUCUGAGCAUCGUCAACAUUGUGUUCAACUUGUCUUUUUGUGAUUCCAACAUCAUCCAGCACUUCUUCUGUGACAUCUCACCUGUGAUGUCCCUUGCUUGUGACUUUACUCCCUAUGAUGAAAUGGCUAUUUUUUUGCUCUCUGUCUUCGUAUUAGUGGGCAGCUUUAUUUUAAUCAUGAUCUCCUACGUCUUCAUUGGAUCUGUAAUCAUGAAGAUGCCCUCUGCUAAGGGGAGGUAUAAGGCCUUCUCAACUUGCUCCUCCCACCUCACUGUGGUGUCAAUACACUACGGGUUUGCUGGGUUUGUGUACUUGAGGCCCAAAAACAGUGACUCAUUCAGAGAAGACAUGCUGAUGGCUGUGACUUAUACAGUACUCACCCCUCUGCUCAAUCCCAUUGUUUACAGUCUAAGGAACAAAGAAAUGCAGACAGCCCUGAGGAAGAUUGUGAAGCCCCAGGAAAAGCAAGUAGGUGAACAAGAAUAUGAACUUCAACCAAAUGAAAAUGAAUCUGACCCAUGGAAAUUAAGACUUGAUUUCAACAUAGAAAUCAAAAAACCUUUCUGA